UGCCGACCCACUACAGAAGAGUUCUUAGCCAGUGCGCCUCAGGUAGCCUACCCGCCCUUAGUUAGAGAGACCAGCUCUUAUAAAACUCAAGUUUAUGUGGACAGGGGUGGUUUCUGACGGAAACAAAGGUAGUUUUGUGGUGCCUGGUUCACCCCUGUCGAUUCGAAUACUCCUCCAUCGAAAUCCGGACCCAUCAAUUUAUAGCCUUUGUAAAUUUUGCCACAAAUGGAAAAAAUAAAUAAAUUAAAAAUCGCUGGAAAUGGUCAAAAUGUCGAAAUUUCGCGCCGCCGGUCCAUUUCAAGUGAGUUGCGCCUGUUUUUCUUGGACCGGUUCGCCUGCGAGGUAGGCAGCCCAUCGUACGCUACCUGACAGAUCCAAAAGACCUCCUCUUAAAACGCAAGUUUCUGUGGACAGGGGUGGUUUCAGCCGGAACCAAAGAUAGUUUUGUGGUUCCCUGGUUCACCCCUGUCGGUUCGACUACUUUUCCGUCGAAAUCCGGACCCAUCAAUUUUCGCUAAAAAUAGGAAGGCUAUAGCCUUUGUAAAUUUGGCCAAAAAUGAAAAAAUUGAAAAUCGUUGGAAAUGGUUGGGAUUGGUUUGACAGCACCCUCUUACUAACUCUCCGCCGAAAUUUCACUUCGCAGACCCAUUUUAAGCGAGUUACGCCCGAUUUUCUUGUACCGGCUCGGCUGCUAGGUAGGCAGCCCGUUGUACGCUGCCCGCCAGAUUCAAAAGACAAUCCCUUAAAACUCAAGUGUCUCUGGACAGGGGUGGUUUCUGGCGGAACCAAAGGUAGUUUUGUGCUUCCCUGGUUCACCCCUGUCGGUUCGACUACUUUUCCGUCGAAAUCCAGACCCAUCAAUUUUCGCUAAAAAUGGGAAGGCUAUAGCCUUUGUAAAUUUGGCCAAAAAUGAAAAAAAUAAAAAUCGCUGGAAAUGAUUGGAAUUGGUCUAGGAGAGUCGCCUUUGACCUCCUCUGUCGAAAUUGCGUGCUUCCUGCCUCUUUUGCAUCCUGUUUCUUCAACUAUAAAAUUGCGUCUUUGGUUUGCUGCAGGAAGAUCGGCCUGGAGGUGCACCUGUCCUGGACAUCAGCAAAGCAGCCUAUGUGUCACCUGCUGUAUGCUGAGUCGGCGUCGCAGCACACAGCAGGAGGAAUCGCUCCUUUUUCUCAUGAUCGCAGGAAUGAAUCUGGUAUCCAGAUUAGCCCCAAGUCACCAGCAGAAACAAGCCGGCUACUUGAGGAAGACUUACUCUUAUAAUGUAAAUGAUUUGAAACAAUAAAGAAUAGAAAAUCACUA